GCCAGAAAUUCAAAGAAGUUUUUAAAUUAUAUUUAUCAUAUAUCAUUAAACAUUUUGGUAGAAGUGUUACUGUUGUUUUUGAUGGAUAUAACAACGAAUAUAUUGGAGUAAAAUCAUAUGAAAGAUAUUGCCGGAGAGAGAAAAACGUCGGAGCCGAUAUCGAUAUCUCUGAAGAUAAAAUGGUAACAAUGAAUCAGACAAAAUUUCUUUCAAAUAUUAGUAAUAAACUAAAUUUUGUGGAUUUACUAUCAAAAUAUUUAAAGGAAAAUAACAUUCAUACAAAAAUUUCAGAAAAAGAUGCAGACACUGUAAUUAUUCGUACGGCCAUAGAAUUAAAAGAUAGUAAUGAAAGUUUCGUUUCAGUGGUCGGCAAUGAUAUAGAUUUGUUAAUUUUACUAAUUACACACUGCAUCGGUGGAAAUGAAAUAUAUUUUUAUAAAAUGUCACUGAACGAGAAAAAUGAAUUAUAUUCAAGCAGAGAUCAUAAACAUUUAGAAAAAUACAUUUUAUUUGCUCAUGCGUUUGCUGGAUGUGAUUCAACAAGUGCUAUAUAUAAUAAAGGUAAAAAAAGUAUUAUAACAUUAUUACAAAAAAAUUAAGACUUGCAACAAUUGAUAUCCAUAUUUUAUAAGCCAUUCCAAAAUGUCGACGAUAUAUAUACAGUUGCUGAAAAACUUAUGAUAAAAAUGUAUGGUGCAGAUGACCAAAAACUGACUCUAUAUGAAUUAAGAUAUAAAACAUUUUGCACAUCUACAGCAAUUGCAAAAAAAGAAUUAUCUUUAUCGUCUUUACCGCCUAAAGAUUCGGUAUUAAGAGAGCAUGCUAAAAGAGUAUAUUACCAAAUGCAGAUUUGGCUUGGAUUCGAUUUAGAUCCAGUAUUAUGGGGAUGGAAGAGAACGAGUAAUAUGCUACUACCUAUUAUGAAUCCUAAACCAGUUGCACCAAUCGAAUUACUAAAGAUGAUAUUCUGUGGAUGUAAAACAAACUGUAACACAUACCGAUGUUCGUGCAAAAAGGCUGGAAUAAAAUGUAGUUACAGCUGUAAAAAUUGCAAUGGCCAAAGCUGUGAAAAUGCUUCAAAUUCGCAUAAGGUCAUACUUGAGAGUGAUACAGAAGAGCGACAAGAUGAUAUACAGGGUGGGCCAUUUUAAUCAAACCAGUCUAAUAACUCCUAA